CCCCAAAGAUCCGCUGUUGGAGCCCUCGUCUCGUCUCGUCUCGAGACUGGAGCCCUGAUCAUGGAUGAGAGAGCAGACGAGACGCAUAUCGAGGUUGACAACACUCCAUUGGCUGACGAUGUCGACUCGGCCAUCGACAUUCAGCUUGCGGCUUACACGCCAUCCUUGACUUCGAGUGUGGUCGACUACCCCUACGAGCAUGGCCGGCGUUAUCAUGCAUUCCGCGGUGGAUCUUACAUACUACCCAACGACGAGUCUGAGAUGGAGAGGCUCGACUUGAACCAUGCUACCAUGACAAAGGUCAUUGGCGACAAGCUGUAUCUUGCGCCAGUGGAUGGUCCCAGGCUUCAGCGGGUCCUCGACAUUGGGACGGGAACAGGAAUUUGGGCCAUCGAAAUGGGCGAGACAUAUCCAGGCGCUGAGGUCUUGGGCAAUGACCUCAGUCCUAUUCAGCCGAUGUGGGUCCCACCAAAUGUCCGAUUCGAAGUCGACGACGUCGAGAGUCCGUGGACGCAUCACCAUCCCUUCGACUUCAUCUUCUGCCGCUACAUGACAUGUUGCAUCCUCGACUGGCCUACAUUAAUCAACAGGAUAUACAACAACACAAAACAAGGCGGCUGGGUCGAGUUCCAGGACUACGACUUACAAUACUACUCCGACGACGGCUCAUUAACCACAGAACAUAAGACCCUCGAAUGGAUCAAUACCCUCAUCGGUGCAGCGCGAACUCUUGGGCGUGAUCCAUGUCCUGGCCCUCGACAACACCAAUGGGUAAAAAACGCCGGCUUUCAGAACGUGAGACAUCAAGUCUUCAAGAUUCCCAUCGGACCCUGGGCGAAAGAUCCCAGGAUGAAGGACCUGGGCAUGUGCAACCUUGCACAGACACUGGAUGGUCUUGAUGGGUUUUCUUUGAGGUUGUUUUGCGGAGUGCUUCGAUGGAGUCAAGCGGAUGUUCUGGAUCUUUUGGCAAAGGUCACGAAAGAACUCAAGAGCAUGGGAUUUCACGCAUUAUUCAAUUUUCACGUAACCUACGGUCAAAGACCGUAUGUAUAA